UAAUUACUCAACCUUCGACGAGCCGGAAUGUUUCCCCAGCGCACACAAACCGGAAGUUAGGAGAACGUUUAGGUGUUUGGUGCAAAAGCAGCUAGGAAGACAUCCAAACAUCAGUCGGGGGUGUUUUUACAUCAACAUUAAAGUAUGUCGGACAACGAAGACAACUUCGAUGACGGAGAUUUUGACGACGCCGAAGAGGAUGAGGGAUUAGAUGACCUGGUUAAUGCGGAAGAUGAGGAUCAAGAGAAUGUGCAAAUCCUACCGGCCCGGGAGGGCCAGCAAGCCAACCAGAAGAGAAUAACAACACAAUACAUGACCAAAUAUGAGCGAGCCAGAGUUUUGGGCACCAGAGCUCUCCAGAUAGCGAUGUGUGCACCUGUCAUGGUGGAGCUGGAAGGAGAGACGGACCCCUUACAAAUCGCCAUGAAGGAGCUUAAGUGCGGCAAGAUCCCCAUCAUCAUCCGCAGGUAUCUUCCAGAUGGGAGCUACGAGGACUGGGGCUGCGACGAGCUCAUCAUAAGCGAUUGAGUAAGACCACAAACUGUAAAUAUUGCUGUCGUCUUCCUUCCUCUAAAGCUGGCCAGUGACUUUUAGUAUGGAAACAAAAAUUACAAGUAAGCGCCACUAGAUGGAGACAGGACUUAAAUUUAACAUUUGACAAAAUAAGCCUGUUUUGUUUUGUUUUGGUGGAGACAUGUGAUCGUUGUAAAAUGAAAUGUUUUAUUGUUUUGAAUAAACCUUUGUAUUAAUGA